AUGGGGACCGCGAGGAGACUGAAGAUAACGGUGGUCGGAGAUGGAAUGGUGGGCAAGACUUGUCUGCUAUACGUUUACACUAGGAAUGAAUUUCCAAAGGAAUAUGUACCGACGGUAUUCGAUAACUUUGUGGGACACAUAACUGUAGAUGGCGAGGAAGUGGAGAUGGCUCUGUGGGAUACGGCGGGACAGGAAGACUACGAAAGGCUAAGGCCUUUGUCAUAUAAUAAUACGAACUGCUUCCUAGUCUGUUACUCAGUUGGCAGUCGAGCAUCAUAUGAAAAUGUGAUUCACAAGUGGUACCCUGAAUUGAAACAUUUUAGCUCGUCCGUUCCAAUAGUUCUCGUUGCAACAAAAACAGAUUUGCGUGAGGCAGGAAAAGCCGUUAUUACGACACAGGAGGGAAAACAGCUGAAAAGGAAAAUACGAGCCGCUCAAUUGGUCGAAUGCUCAGCUUUAGAAAGAGUCAACAUGCACGAGGUGUUCGAGGAAGCCGUUCGCGCGGCAAUGCGAAAGAAACCAGUCACGAAGAGAAAUUAGCUGAGUCUGCGCCUGCCGUAG